CAUUGCUCAAUUUCUUUUGGUCGUGUUAGCGUCUCCUAAAUUUCCAGGUCUGUGUCAUCUACCUCAUCACUCUCAUCAUCAUCUUUGAUCUCUCUCUCUUUCUCUCUCCUCCCUUCUUCCUACAACAACGACAUCAUACACAGAGAGAGAUAAACUCAAACUUAUUGGAGAGAGAAAAAGCUCGAAUUGAUCAACAAUGGCGUCGAGAUACUGGAUGGUGUCUCUUCCCGUCCAAUCAUCUGCUUCUAAUUUAUGGUCUCAAUUGCAAGAAUCCAUCUCCAAACAAUCCUUCGACACUCCCCUAUAUCGAUUCAAUGUGCCUAAUCUUCGUGUCGGUACCCUAGAUUCGCUAUUAUCACUUGCUGAUGAUCUUCUGAAGGCGAAUGCGUUUGUGGAAGGUGUGACGCAAAAGAUCAGGCGUCAGAUCGAUGAACUGGAGAGAUCUUCCGGCGUUGAUGGUGGUGAUUUGACGGUUGAUGGAGUUCCAAUUGAUUCUUAUCUUACUAGAUUUGUCUGGGAUGAAGCUAAAUACCCUACUAUGUCGCCUUUGAAGGAGAUUGUUGAUGGUAUUCAUGGUUUUGUGGCUAAGGUUGAAGAUGACCUCAAGGUCCGUGUUGCUGAGUAUAACAACGUUCGCAGUCAACUUAAUGCAAUUAACCGGAAACAAAGUGGAAGCUUAGCGGUGAGAGAUCUCUCCAACUUAGUUAAACCAGAGGAUAUCAUUACAACAGAGCAUAUGGUUACUCUUCUGUCAGUUGUUUCCAAGUUCUCACAAAAGGACUGGUUAUCAAGCUAUGAGACGUUGACUGAUUAUGUGGUCCCCAGGUCAUCUAAAAAGCUGUAUGAGGACAAUGAAUACGCCCUAUACUCUGUUACUAUGUUUACCCGUGUUGCUGAUAACUUCAGAAUAAAAGCUCGUGAAAGAGGUUUUCAGAUUCGAGAUUUUGAGCACGACCCAGAAACACAAGAUUCACUGAAGCAAGAGAUGGAAAAACUGGCUCAAGACCAGGAAACAAUGAGAAGUGCACUUUUGCAAUGGUGCUACUCCAGUUAUGGGGAGGUGUUCAGCUCAUGGAUGCACUUCUGUGCUGUACGUGUAUUUUCUGAGAGCAUAUUGAGAUACGGCUUGCCACCAAAUUUCUUGGCCAGCGUUUUGGCUCCAUCUCUGAAAAGUGAGAAGAAAGUACGCUCUAUUCUCGAACGAAAUUGUACUGCUAGAAACAGCGUGCACUGGAAAUCCGAGGAGGAAGUUGGAGCAAUGGCCGGUUUGGCCGGUGAAGCAGACUCUCAUCCAUAUGUAUCAUUCACGAUCAACCUUGUUUAGUCUACUUGAAGCAGGUUGAGAUCUCGAUGUAGAGUACUUGUAAACAAGCGGUUGUGCAUUCCGGGACUUUGGUUUUGCUGUUUUCGGAUUGUGCCUUGAUAUAUCCAUGGAGCACAACGAUUUUUUUUAAUUGUUAUUCUAUUGGAGCGAAAUUGUGGAGAUUUAAUGUUUUAAUUGCUAUUUAUAUUGUUCAAAGUUGAUAAUAAUAAUCCUGCAGGUUUAUUCUUUGCAAGAAAUGAAGCUUCUUUUAGAGCUCUCUAAUCCUUUGUGAUUUGUAUGUAACAAGCUGGAUGGAGAUGUAUUUUCGAAUUUUAUCAUAAAUUCAUUGUUGCUAUUUAUUAAUAAAGCACGCUUAUUUUAAUCUA